AUGUCGCCCAUGGCUCAGCCAGGAGUGGGAUGGCCCUCGGUCGGCCUGGCGCUCAUCAACGUUGACCCAGCAGUUUUGAAUUGGUGGAGCACCGAUUCAAAGAACCGGACAAUGUCCACCAUUCCCCAAGCCCGGUUCAUUUCGCCCAUCUCUGCCGAGAAGGCUUUUGUUAUCCCGGAAUAUCUAACGACGCUGAAGUCAUCCAUCACCCGGUUGAAUGUCAUGGACGGAAACUUCGCGCUACCCCCGGCCAUGGAGGACUCAUUUCGACGAGCCAUGAAGGAGGCCGAGCUGUUCAAGGAGAUCCACGAUGGCUUGAUGGCUGACGUAAAGUUGAGAUUCGCUGGGCACUAUGAUCAGCUGUCUCAAUUUCACAUCGACAUCGAGAGGUCCAUCAUCGACAUUGCCGAUCGCAACGAGACGAAGACGUCUUAUUUCUGUGGAUUGUUCACGACAGAUCAGCCCUACGACAGGGCCAGGAGCCACCACAGAACCCUUCUGUCAAUCACCAUCGAUAUGAUCAAGACCAGCAAAGAUGAGAGGGACCGACUGAUAGAAUUUCUCGAGGAGCUGCGUACACUCAAGUCGAUUCAGAGAUGGACGAAAAAAACCAAGGAUAUGCGAGCAGAAGUCAAAGUCAUGUGCAACUCCUCCAAGCGCUCCAAGGUGAAAUUGUGGAUGGCGGUGGGAGCUCUGAAGCGUCAUCUGGCCAGCAUCAACCCUGUGCGCCAAGGCCUUCUCGCACUGCAGCAUGAUCAAGCCAAGACCUUGGAAACGGCCCUUUUCAGCUAUUGCAAAUCACUGCUGGAAGCGAUGCGGAGGUUGGCCGAGUUUGGGAACGGGUGA